AUGAUUUCUGCCAUUGGCCGUCAUCUUACCGCCGUGUUGGCCGUCGCCCUCACACUUGUCCACGCAUCCCCUCCGCUGCCCAGCGAAGAUUCCUUCUAUGCGGUCCCCGAUAACCUCGAGAGUGUGAAACCUGGUACCAUUCUGCGCCAUCGCCCUCCUCCUAGCCCAAUUGCUGCAUUUGGCUUUGAUCCCAUCAACCUCCAGGCCAGCCACCAGAUCCUCUAUCGCACCACUGACAGUCUUGGCAACGCCACAGCUACGGUCCUAUCGGUUCUUGUGCCUCACAAUGCCGACUACACAAAGUUAUUGUCAUACCAAGUCGCCGAAGAUGCGUCCAACAUCAACUGCGCUCCGUCUUAUGCUUUCCAAUUCGCCCACGCCGAUUCCAAAAUGGGAACCAUGGUGACGGAGGAGGAGAUGCUGCUUAUUGAGGCUGCCCUAGAACGGGGAUGGGUGGUGAUAUCCCCCGAUUUCCUCGGCCCGAAGGGCUCUUUCCUUGCCAACCACUUGUCGGGAUAUGCUACGCUCGACGGUAUCCGCGCAGCUAUCAGCUCCGAGACCAUCACUGGCAUCAGCAGCAAUCCAACCAUUGCCAUGUGGGGAUACUCCGGUGGCAGCGUGGCCUCUCUUUUUGCUGCAGAACUCCAGCCUAGCUAUGCUCCUGAACUGAAAAUUGCUGGCGCCGCUGUGGGUGGCAUUGUGCCCAACAUCACCAACGUCGUCACGACUGUCAACGGCAAGGGAUACGCCGGACUUAUCCCUGCAGGCGUUCUUGGCCUGACGCACCAGUACCCGGAGCUUGGCCCCGUCGUUUCUCAACAUGUGCUUCCUGAGCACCGUGCUGAUCUCUACAAGGCUCAAGAACAGUGCUACGGUGCCAACAACAAUGACUAUGCCAACGUCGAUAUUGUGGGCUACUUUGACGACAGACAGCUCGUGUACACCAACCCGGUUGCGGUUAAGAUCCUCAACGAAAACGCACACGGACACUACACCCCCAAGAUUCCUCUGUUCAUGUACAAGUCGGUUGGCGAUGAGAUCAGCCCUAUUCCUGACACCGAUGCACUCGUGAAGCAGUACUGUGCGAAUGGCGCCAACAUCCGAUACCAUCGCGACAUCAAGUCAAACCAUGGUGACUUGGCUAUCAUUGCUGCGGCAAAGGCAUUGUCUUACCUGAUUGAUACUAUGGAGGGUAGAACGCACGCAGAGGGAUGCUCGACCGAGACUGUCUACUCGACUUUGCUGGAUAUUGCUACGCUGGAGGUGCUGCCCAAGUUUCUUCUGGACGCGCUCUUAGACUUGCUUCAUAAGCCCGUUGGCCCAAUAAUUGGACGGGCUGUUAAUUAAUGAGGAAAUAGCUUAAGAUAUGCUAUGAAUUUCAAUUGUUGUGGAAAGUUAAACAUUGGGGUUUGCCUCAGUGAAGCGAAUAUUGACGUAUACCAACAUACAAAAAAAACGGAAAGUAAUUAUUUACAAUUCUUGCGCCUUUCCGUUGAUCAAUUUUCUUGGCAUUCUUGAAAAUAAAGAAUAAAAAAUGCGAGUAAUACGAAGACCCCAAAUCGAGUAAUCUGGGGUAC